UUAGAUUGUACAUUUUUAAUUCAUUAAAUCAUAUUGUGUUACUGGAUUACAAAUAUAGAUGUGAACCCUCUAUGUCACCCUAUACACAAAAAUAAUGAUAUGAGAGUGCAAAAAUAGAAAGCUUCAUUUUGUUUUUAGUAUGAAAUGGGAGACAUAUUGGGCUUUGGAUUUCUCCAUGUCUAGCGCUUCCACCAGCUCUUUAUCCUCUCGGUAAAGUUUCAUAUCCAUCCAUAGUUCUCAAAAACAGUUUCUAAUUUUUAUGCUUGUGGGUGCAAAAUGCUUUUAGCAAUCCCAACAAAUUCACAAUCUCUUCCAAUUGAAAUCAAGGGCGAGAAUUCCAAGACCCAUCAAAGUCGGUUUCUUCACUUGCUGACUGACUGUACAGAUUUGUCAAAGCUCAAACAAAUACAUGCUCAGGCAAUUCGUAACUUCUCGACCCACAAUUCCUCUCUCUUUCUCUACAGCCGAAUUCUCCACGUUUCGUCUUUAAUUGAUUUUGAUUAUGCCUGCCGUGUUUUUAAUCAAAUUGAUAACCCCAAUUCGUUCAUGUGGAACACUCUGAUCGGAGCCUGUGCACGGAGCUUGGACCGGAAAGAGCAGGCGAUUGAAAUCUUUUACAGAAUGUUAGAAGAAGGUUCAGUUGAACCAGAUAAACAUACUUUUCCUUUUCUUCUUAAAGCUUGUGCUUAUGUAUUUGCUUUAUCUGAAGGGAGGCAGGCCCAUGCUCAAAUUUUUAAACUUGGGUUAGAUUUGGAUGUUUAUGUUGGGAAUAGCUUGAUUCAUUUAUAUGCUUCUUGUGGAUGUUUGAGUAUGGCGUUGAAGGUGUUUGAGAAAAUGCCUCUUAGAAGUUUGGUGUCGUGGAAUGUGAUGAUUGAUGCGUAUGUUCAAAGUGGGCUUUUCGAGAAUGCUCUCAAGCUAUUUGUUGAAAUGCAAAACAGCUUUGAGCCUGAUGGGUAUACAAUGCAGAGUAUAGUUAGUGCUUGUGCUGGUAUUGGAGCUUUAUCUCUGGGGAUGUGGGCUCAUGCUUAUGUGUUGAGAAAGGCCAGUGGCGCUAUGGCGGGUGAUGUUUUGAUCAACUCCUCACUAGUGGAUAUGUACAGCAAGUGUGGUUCUUUAAGAAUGGCUCAGCAGGUCUUUGAGACAAUGCCCAAGCAUGACCUAAAUUCAUGGAAUUCUAUGAUUCUAGCGCUCGCCAUGCAUGGACGGGGGCAGGCUGCCUUGCAAUGUUUUUCUCGGCUGGUUGAAAUGGAGAAGUUUUUGCCUAAUUCUGUCACGUUUGUUGGUGUUCUUAGUGCAUGUAACCACGGAGGCAUGGUUGCUGACGGCCGGAAAUAUUUUGAUAUGAUGGUUAAUGACUACAAGAUUGAACCCCGGUUAGAGCACUAUGGAUGCCUUGUCGAUCUUCUAUCUCGCUCUGGUUUUAUUGAUGAAGCUUUGGAGUUAGUGGCAAAUAUGCAUAUAAAGCCAGAUGCAGUGAUUUGGAGGAGUCUUCUUGAUGCUUGCUACAAGCAGAAUGCUGGUGUUGAGUUGAGCGAAGAAGUGGCAUUCAAAAUUCUUCAAUCUGAAAAAACAAUUUCUAGUGGUGUUUAUGUGAUGUUGUCAAGAGUCUAUGCUUCAGCACGCCAGUGGAACGAUGUCGGAAUCAUAAGGAAGGUGAUGACCGAUAUGGGUGUGACAAAAGAGCCGGGCUGCAGUUCGAUUGAAAUUGAUGGUAUUAGCCAUGAGUUUUUUGCAGGAGACACAUCACACCCCAGGAUAAAAGAGAUCUACGGUGUUAUUGAUUUGAUUGAGGAAAAACUGGAGAGACGUGGUUACUCACCUGACUGUUCACAGGCAACCAUGGUAGAUGAACCCGAUAACAUCAAACAACAAUCGCUUAAGUUGCAUAGUGAGAGACUUGCCAUUGCUUUUGGGUUACUAAACUUGAAACCAGGUACGCCAGUGCGUAUAUUUAAGAAUCUUAGAGUAUGCAACGACUGCCACCAAGUCACCAAGUUGAUUUCUGAAAUCUUCAACGUGGAGAUUAUCAUGCGAGAUCGUAAUAGGUUUCAUCAUUUUAAGCAUGGAAUGUGUUCCUGCAUGGACUUCUGGUGAUUUCUUUGAAGUUCAGCAUAUGGAAGGUGGAACCUUUCCAAAAUCCAUAUCGACAAUGCUACCUAAACCCUAGACUCCGUUAGAAAGUCGAGGUUGCAAGAGCCCUAUCUCAUAAAAUGGAAAUUUAAUGAUACAAAAAGCUUCCUAAAUUUGGUUGCAACUACUGAUAUGGAAAACUACAUCAAUUCACGUCUUCUGUGAAUCCCUAAUUAACAAGUAGUUAGAAGAUGCAAAAGAGUUGAACAUUUCAGAAGCAGAAAUCGACUUAUAUGCUCUUCCACAUAUGACUUCAAGCUUCCUUUUGUUGUAAUUAUUUGUGUGUGGCUAAAUAAAUGAAGAAUCCGAAUGACGAGGAGUAGGAUCAUCCGGGCACCAAUCUCAGACUUGUUUGAGAAUAUAAUUGCCACAAUCUUUUGAUAACAAUGUAUCGGUAUUAUUCGCUAGGGAUUUUAUGAUAAACAUUGUUUUGCAAGGUCCUUUCCCACUGAAAAACAAAAGAUGCGAAGACGGAUGUUAAGGAAAAGAAGAUCAAAACAAACAACAAUGUCAGUUCAACAAAAAAGGGGUUGAAAAUCUCACAUUUGGAUGAUUCAAGAACGGCAACCACAUGCAUGAUUGCGUUGUUGGGAGGAAGUUGCAGGCGAAGAGGAUAAAGAUUCCCAUUCAAUGGAUUGCGAGUACACACAAUGAUACCUUCAAAUCCUAUUUCUUCCUUCAAUUUGCGAGUCAGCUCCUCCACCCCAUUUCCUUUGAAUGUAAAAGAAGAACCCUCCAUUAUAUCUUUAUCUACAUCUCCACUUUCAUCA